GGAGGCUCAUCCUGAUUGGCUGAGCUUGCCUACUCCAGCGAUUGUCCAGCUUCUGGGACUCCGGGCUCACUGACCGCCUGUCCCUGGGAAGAUGUUCCUGGUGGGCCUGACAGGGGGCAUUGCCUCAGGCAAGAGCUCAGUGCUCCAGGUGUUCCAGCAGCUGGGCUGCGCAGUGAUUGAUGUUGACGUCAUCGCCCGCCAUGUUGUCCAGCCGGGAUACCCCGCCCACCGGCGCAUCGUGGAGGCUUUUGGCACUGAGGUCUUGUUGGAGAAUGGAGACAUCAAUCGCAAGGUCCUGGGGGACCUGAUCUUUAACCAGCCCGACCGCCGGCAUCUGCUCAACACCAUCACUCACCCUGAGAUCCGCAAGGAAAUGAUGAAGGAGACCUUCAAGUACUUCCUUCGGGGAUACCGCUACGUGAUUCUGGACAUCCCUCUGUUGUUUGAGACCAAGAAACUGCUCAAGUACAUGAAGCACACAGUGGUGGUGUACUGCGAUCGGGAAACGCAGCUGGCGCGCCUGAUGCGACGGAACAACCUGAACCUCCAGGACGCAGAGGCUCGGGUCAGUGCUCAGCUGCCCCUGAAGGACAAAGCCCGCAUGGCCCGCCACGUUCUAGACAACUCGGGCGAGUGGAGCAUCACCAAACGCCAGGUCAUCCUGCUGCACGCCGAGCUGGAGCGCUCCCUGGAGUACCUGCCCCUGAGGCUCGGGGUGCUCACCGGCCUGGCCGGCAUUGUUAGCCUCCUCUACUUGCUCACCCGCUACCUCCUGCCUUCCCCCUAGCUGGGCACUCCAGACAGGAAGCCCCAGGCCUGGAUCCCCCAGGAAGCUAGGUAACGAAUGCAUCCUGUUUCCUCUCGGUCUCUUCAGCGCGCUCUUUCUCUCUCUCUC